AUGAGAGCUUACUCCAUUUUGCAACUUCCAGAUGGAACUAAGUUAGCAUAUGAGGUACUCGGCUCCGACUACAAAGGGGCAUCAGUGCCGCUCGUGUAUGUCGGUGGGAUGACGACCUGUCGGGGAGACUCGGAGAAAGUAUCGUCGCUAGUAGCUAAACAUCGACAAGUGUUGAUCUAUGACCACAGGGGCAUGGGGGAUUCCCGUGCUCGAGAAGAUGACCCUUUCACUAUCGAAACACUGGCAAGGGACCUUCUCUCUCUAAUUCAGCAUCUCCAGUGGAGCGAGGUUGCUCUUUGCGGACAUUCGAUGGGGGGCACUGUUGUUCAGAGUCUUUUAUUCCUACCCUUUCAUCGCACGAACCCGACUCCCUUACCUUUUCGUGUGACACACGUUGCACUCGUUUGUACAUCAUUCAGACCCAACCCAGAGCCAUACGGACUCAAGUUACCGAAGAGACCGAAAGGGCCCUUGACACCUGAAAUAAUCAGGGAGACUGUGCGCCUCUCUUUGCUCCCCGCCCUUGACCCCGAGUGGUUUGCUAGUGAAGGCAAUCAGAAGAGAAUUGAAGAGCUCAUAGAUCGCGCGUUCAUUGGCAGACCAGUCAAGACGUUGUUACAACAAAAACGAGCAGCCUCUCAAUAUGAUUUUACUGGGUUUCAUUCUCACCUGUCGCCGGACACUCAAUUCAUGAUUAUCCACGGUGAACUUGAUCAGGUCGCGCCGUUCACCAAUCUUCAGGGCUUUUUGACACGUAUUCCAUGGGCGCGUGUGGUACCGGUAGGAGAUGGACCAGGUUCACUACCAAAUCUUCGUUUCGGUCAUGAUUGGAUCGAGUAUUUCGAUCCCCAGGUUUGGUGUGGCGUUUUCGAAGCGUUUUUGCAGACUAGACGUAAAGAGAAGGCUGUGCUGUAA